GAACCACAAUACACACACAUUCAAUCAACAAUAAUGACAUAACGUAUCUUUUUUCCCUCAGUGAACGUGCCGAACACUGGAUCUCUAUCAUCCUUUCUUCGUCAUGGACAACAACAUCCCACGAAACACGCCCGCGCUACUAGCGCGAAUUGAUCAAUUACGCAACAGUUUGAUCAAGCGAUUCGAAAACCUGGUCGAGCAAGCGGCUGUCGACAAGAAUGAUCGUAAUAGUACGGCGUUGAGUCAAUAUCAAUCACAGAUUGAGACUGCUGCUUUGAUACGCACAAGCGAAGACAUUCUGACUCUCACACGCCAAAUGCAAGAGCUAUGGCUAUUUGGUCAACUCAAGACAUUGGACAAGAACGACAUUCAAGGACGUAUUGAUGCAGAUGCCAAAGAGGUGGCCGAGAUGCUUGCUAUUCUUGUCGGCGGCGAACAGGAACAGAAUGCUAUGAAGAUUGAGGAUUGAACGGACGAUUUCUUUGCUUCUGCUGGUCAGUAGCAGACCACAUCCAGCUUCUCAGAGAAAGAGAAGACUUGACAAGUCGUAUUGUCUAAGCAUAGAUAGAGAAGGCAGAAUCUUUCUCGAGACAAUCCAUAGAACAAAACUUCAGUCUUGAGCCCACUCCAAUC